AUGCGGACACAGAUAGAUAACGAGAAUGCUAGGGCUUCUUCCAUAGACGACGCGCAGCCAGGUCGCCGUGUGGCUGUGACAAGUGGGCUACGGCUACCGUAUCAGGAGCGGAUACGGCUAAAGAAGCUAGCCCAAAGAAGGGCCAAGAACCAACAGAGGAGUAGAGACCUGACACUGGCAACACUGAAUGUGGGGUCAAUGACGGGCAAGGGAAGAGAGGUUGUCGACUUUAUGGAGAGAAGAAACAUCAACAUCCUGUUUCUGCAAGAGACGAAGUGGAAAGGGAAAAAGGCGAGAGAACUUGGAGAAGGCUACAAGCUUUUCUACAAUGGUGAAAACAGUAAGGAAAAUGGCAUAGGCAUUGUGUUGGACCCAAAGUUAAAAGAGGGAACAGGAUGUAAAGCCCAGGAGAAAGAGGAUUUCUGGAGGCUGCACAGUGACUACCUUCAUAUAGUUAGAUCGAGUGAGCUACUGUGGCUUGGAGGAGAUCUCAAUGGCCACGUGGGGACAGACAUCAGAGGGAUGGAAGACCACAUGGGAAAACAUGGCUAUGGAGACAUGAAUGAACAAGGGGAGCAGAUCAGGAGCGCAGCAGAAGCCGCGGACUUGGCCAUUAUCGACACCUACUUCUCGAAACCAAAUUCACAGAAAUCACUUACUCCAGAAGUUGAUGGCAAAAAAGUGACAUGGAAUGCAUUGAACGAGGUGAUGAGGACAGUUUCGAAGGAUGUACUCCGGGUAACAUCAGGGAAACCACCCAAGGCAGACAAAGACGCAUGGUGGUGGACUGAGGAAGUGUAA